CCGGGGAAAUCGACUUCCCCGCAACUUGGAGACGGAAAGAAUCCCCUCUUUCAACAACCCGGAGUCGAUGUCUUCGGCAAAGAGAAAUCGUCUAGUGGCUGGAUGGUGAUAUUAACGACCAAGAUUGUGAGCACUGUCAACAAGCUGGCGUCGAUUGUGACCGAAGCAAUGUCCGAUUUCGUAAUGGCUUGUCUCUACCUAAAGAGCCCGAACUUGCAUUUCCAGAGCAGGGCUGUUGGCCGCAAAUACAUGGCAAAGAUCGCCAGUCUAUAUUCAGCUAUUCCUGUUCAGUCUGCUUUCAUCGAUUCUGAUUUUAGUCUCGCAUAUGAAGGGACACAGGAGCUCGAGAAUGCAGAUGACUUACAUCAUGGACCAUAUGCAGCAACUACGGUCAAUGUGUUACAUCAAUUUUCCCCGGCAUGCAUUGCAUCCUUGUCUUCUCCACAAUCAACUCUGUCUAAAGCUUCCUCCAAACCCCUGCAUCCACUAUCAGACAGGGAGGCCGUUUUAAUGAGGAAUUUUGUCGAGAAUAUGGCAUUGUGGGCUGAUAUCACAGACCCCCUAAGACAUUUUGAAACAGAGGUUUCAGUACGGGCAUUGAAAGAGCCUGUUUUACGCUAUGCAGUUUUUGCAUUCUCCUCCCGCCAUCUUGAUAGACAGGACAAUAGCGAUGCAACGGAAGCGUUACAGUAUCAUAACGGCUGUGUUCAAUUGCUGAUUCCAGCACUUUCAGGACCGCGGGAUAAUAUUACCGAGGAGAUACUUGCUGCAGUCGCCAUACUCCGCCAGCACGAGGAAAUGGACGGGGAGGAUAAUCAGUUCCACUUGACCGGCACGACUCAUAUUCUCAAUACAGUAUCCACCUUUGGAUCUUCAGGUGGUUUAGGCGAGGCUGCGGCUUGGCUCUGUCUGCGUCAAGACAUUUAUAUCUCGUUGACCAGUCAACAGCCUUUACGGACUAACCUGCAGAGUUUCCAUCAAUCAGAUGUGUUUCAAAGAGAUGACGACUUCGCAUGGUCCAGCAGAAUGGUCUUCCUCUUGGCAAAAGUUGUACAAAGCGCUUUCACCGACUCCACAGUCGCAAAUAGCAUCAAACAAGAGAUUGAAGAGUGGUACUCCAGCAAGCCACAUACAUUCGACCCCAUAAGAUCAGCUCAGCGAGGCCAGGAGGUAGACAAGCGGUUACCGACCAUCUGGAUGCUGCUACCCGUUCACGUAAUUGGCAUACAAUAUUACAACAUUGCCAAAAUAGUGUUGGCGCUUGCCGAAUCAUCGAGGGCGUCUUCGGCAUAUGAGAGUAUACGCCACUCUCGAAUAGUGGAGGUUCGCCCGAACACUUACAGGAUCCAGAAAAAUGUCCGGAAUCAUCUCCUCACCGUGCUGGGAUUAGCGCAGUCAAACAGCAAGGCCGAGAACACGUUGUUUACUGCACGACACAGUCUAGUGGCAUGUGAGUGGUUGAAUCGUUUUUCUUUCGAAUUUCAUUUUCAUCUAAAUUCACAAUGUAUUGAUUCGGCGAACAGGGGGUUGGGUCCUUCGGCAUCCCCUAGAUCAAAGGGCAGCGGAGUUACUAUUGCAAGCCAUGCAUGCAAGGACUGGAUGGAAUAUGGAUGGAUUAAUCCACACAUUACGCGCACAAUGGCAGGAGGUGGGUGA